AUGACCGAGUCGAAUUUGAGCGAGGCCGUACGGCGUGUGUCCUCGGAGAGACAGAAGGAUCGCGCAGAUGCUCUAGCAGCCAAUGAAGAAAAUCUGAUCAUCAUACUAUUUAGAGACGAAUUAAACGAUAAAUCGUAUCACACACUCUUCGAAGCCUUAUUCCGUUGCAUGACGGUCGAGAAAUCCCUAUACCACCGCUCCAGUAAGUCGAGUACUAGAAACAUAUCAGCACCUCGCCUACCGCUAUGCGCCUCUGUUUUUCGAGCUGCCAUCGAAGUAUCUGUUCCGCUUCUUCGAACGAAAACGGUACAUGCGGUCAUCGACCAUAUUCUUCAGACUAUAACUGAGCCUGGAGAUGGGUUGUGGGAUAUUCUCGCAAACGAUUACAUAAAAGGUCUCAGAUCACUCCUGGAAUAUCCAGCUCACGUCGAGCAUCUAGCGGAGAGUGACUGGAAUGAUGCGGCGACUUUCUGCCUUCAGAGUUUGGCUUCGAUCGGAGGUGAAGGGAGCCCUCUUAGCAUCCGCACAGGUCAUCGUCCUACAUCUGAGGCUCUAGAUGAUUUUGGAGGUGGUCGGUCUACUCCCAGCCGAAUAACCAUUGGUCGCGAUGUUGCAUCCUCCGGUUCCCAAGUAAAUAGGAGUAUCGUCGACGAAGCCGUAGUGUGUAUACAACUACUCUGCGCUACCCCUGCGGCACCUUUGCAGGAUGUUUCCGGCCGCCUCCUGAGUGGACUCCUGGAAUAUCUCUCUUCCACAGCAUCAGCUAAUGCGCACCAAGCGUUCAAAGCUAUCAAUAACAUUAUGGAGCGGGUAGUUUGCGACCAAUCUUCCAUGGCUCAAAGAUCUGCUCUGGAUAUCAUACCUGUCAUUCGUCGUCUCUGGCCGAUCAAAUCUGCAGGAGUGAAGGAGGAAGUUCUUAUUACUAUGAUAUCCUGUAUGGAUCUCUUUCGUAGCAAUGCACAAUCUUGCCCAUCCCAAGUGAUACUUGAAACCCUCGACAGUCUAGUAGAGACUUUCGAGUCCGACUACUUAAAGCGACCAGAGAAAGAGCUUUUGCAGAUCGAUGACUUGAUAUUUUACCAAUGCGAGUCUCAGGCUCGAGACAAACAUGCUUUUGGACCUCGGCUCGGUAAUUCCAAGUCAGAGCAGAGCUGGACGCUUCUUUGGACUAUCGCAUCUUUGAUUACUAUUCUAGACCAUGUUUCAAGCCAUGCCUCUAGAGCUGAUAGUCAUGAAGCCGCUCCCUCGAAAAGGCCUCGCCUGGCAUCCCGUUUAGACGAGGUGGCCCGUGACUGUAUUUCAGCUACAGGAGCACGCAAGGUUUACUGUUUACAGCUACUUUCUUUUCUAGAAAAUUGGAUGUCUAUCGAGACCAAAGCCUCUUUCUUAGGUCGUUUGGCAGCAAGCAUAGUUGACGACAAUCCUGCUACAGCAACCUGGACCCUGUUGGCGAUUCAUAGUAUAGCCAAAACGGAUGUUGAAAAGUCUCCAUUGUUAAAACCAUACUGGAAGCAAAUAUGGGACCUCGCAUCUCGAUCAUGUGUCUCUCAAGCCAACUCAAGGGCUGCUUGUGCUCUGAUGGACCACCUCAUUCGCUUUGGGUUUCUAAAUCAUUCAGAAGUAGUCGACACUCUACGGCUAAUGCUGUCCGCCAUGGAUCUCAACGGGCCUUCAGUAUUCUGUGAUACGGCCCUGAUGUUCUUAACUAGGAUAUUCAACAUGCGCCUUCAUACAGCAGCCGGUCUCGGCCCUGACGCAGUAAAGGGAAUCUGUAAUUGGCUGCGUGGCUUGUGGACAACUGGAAUUGGAGGCGAUAGAGUGCAAACAGGGCAGAUUGCUCUCUUUGCCCGUCCGGCAAACAUUCUGAGUUUACUUCUCGCACUCACCAACAGAACAACUCCCUUACAGAAUGUUAAAUAUCAGGGCAUUGCUACUUCAAUCUCUGCUUCUUGGUUUCGUCAUCAUCAAAAGAAACCGUUAAAAGAUUAUCUUUUUUCAUUCGACGAUCAGACCGUCUCUAAAGAAAUAUGGCUUGCUGAGGAUCCGUUUAUAACCAUCGAAACAUCCUUUAGAAACGAUGCGGCGGAUGGAAUCAUUUUGGAAUUACUCCAAACAAAUUUAGACGCCUUUUUUCAAUUGUGGAAAAUCUCAGAAGAAAAGUCACACCAUAUCACAACUGAUUUGAUCCAGAACUUGGUUUCUGCCAGCGUUGUCAUUAUAACUUUCGCAGCAUGUCUGCCCCAGCCUCAAGGAAACCGUGCUCAGGAGUUACGAAAAUCCGGAAACAAGUUAUGGGCAGAGGUCUGUAAAUAUAUUUCAACCAAGGAAGACACGUUCGUGCAAGCUUGUCUUAGCAUCUUGGCGCCUAUGAUUGCGUCUGUGCCUGUUGGAAAAAUCCGGGAAGAUCCCAUUUCAAGCGCUCUUCGUGAUCUUGCAGACCCUCUCGUUGGGAUUUUGGAGCACCGUUGGUCUUCUCAGACAAACACUUCCCUUGAUGAAGCCGAUGUAAUGGACAUGGAUGAACCGCUCUCGCCUAGGCAGGAUAGUCUCGUGGAAGAUGUCAUUUUCUAUUUUAAUCGAGAUGAUGUGGACGUUUAUGCAGAACCGAACACAUUCCAGCGCUCUCUUUCGAUCCGGUUGAUAUUGUUCUGCCGUGGUUUCAAACCAUCUAUCGGAGAUAAAAAACAUGUUUAUUCGACACCCAUCGAUUUUCUAAAAUCUCUAAAUGAGGCUGAUGUUCUUUCGGCCCGAAAUUUCCUUCUUCGGCUAUUUCAAGAAUCAGACUAUCUGACCCGUACUGAUAUUUUGGAUAUAAUGGAGCACUUCGGGGAGACCUGUUUACAAAACUACCAGCUAGAACGGUGUGAAAGUGCACUAUGCUUUUGCAUUCAUAUGAUGGAGUGUUUUGUGGACUCAUGGACCAGCGAUGAGAAUGAUGACCUCAAGGACUCUGCUUCUGAUCUAUAUGGCUGGUUUAUUCAGGUCCUCUUAGAAAAGAUAAAGGCAUCAUCUCUUGUUCUCAACUCACUUGCUCAACUCUUGGAAAAAAUCAUCCACUCUAACCCUGCUUUCCACGUGCCCACUGUUGGGCCUUCGCCACGAACAAGCUUGUUCAAUAUCCUUCAAGAAGGAGAUAUACUGGUUAAAUACACGACCGCUGGCUUGAUCUCCAAUAUAUUCAAUCGAUUCCUGCUCAAAGACCACGAAGCGAUUUUCGACGACGUCCUAGAAAGCCUUCCAACAGAUCCCGAUUGGAGCGAAGGGAUAGCAUUGCGGUUAUAUGUUCUUAGUAAGCUAGCAUCUCGCUGGCAUACUCUUCUUCGCAGAGGAAUUUAUCAUAUAUUUGAGACACCUGGUCAGGUUCCCGAAUCCACACGCCAUGCGAAGAAAUGCUUGUUAGAUGUAUCUAAUGCGCUAAGACUUGACGAAGCAAAGGAGAUUUUUCGGCUAUUCAUGCCUCAAAUACUAUAUACAUGGACUGAAAGCCAGGGUAUUUCGUCAAUGCCAUUCAGUAUAUUUGGUUAUACGGAUUUAAAGGAAAUGCUACAAGACGCACAAGAUGAGCUUGUCGGGCAGAUCAUGAUGAGAGCCACAGAACAAGAUGCCGGAGAACUAUCGAGAUGUGUUGACAAACCGUUUAAAGAUUUGCUAGUGGCAUCAUUCCACAAGGCCGAGGCAUACACAAUAGCUCGGGAUAUUAGUAUACCCCCUUCGCAAGACAGCCAGCCCAAAGGAGUUGAGAGCCGGGUCAAGAAGCUACUGGGCAAUGAAAAAUUCGUGUAUUCCAUAGAGGCCAGAUUUCCAGAGAUUGUUGCCAGCCUAUUCAAGUCAAUUGGUCAAGAGGAGCAAAUCGAACGAGCCUUUGCAAAACAUCCCAAGUUUGGGUUUGCAGCCAGCACUUUGAAACGUAUUACGGAUAGAAGUGUCUCCAUGGCGAAUCUCCCGGCUAACCAACAGCCGUCUUUCAGAGCUCGCUAUCUCCUGGAUGAGCUUGACUAUCUUUGCAAAAGGGCAGGAUAUGAAGUAGAAUCUAUGUGGACACCGGCAUUGGUUUCGUUUGUUUGCCGAAAUCUACUGGACUCGAUGCAUCCGGCACUGGGGUCAUUCCAUGCUUGCUCAGUGCUUCGGAAAAUUCGAAUUUUGGUUUGCAUUUCUGGGUCAAUUAUCACCCAAGACUAUCCCUUGGAGCAGCUGUUACAUGCUCUUCGGCCACUAUUGACGGACUUCCACUGCUCAGAGGAUGCAUUGGGCCUGUUUUGGUAUCUUCUUGAAGCUGGAAAGCUUUACCUCGCCCAACAUCCAGGGUUCCUUGCGGGUAUUGCAGUAUCAACCCUCGUAUCGCUAAGAAACUUCCUCAAUUCUUCACCUGAGAGCACUACGCAAGAAAGCCAAUUCAGAAAAGUUAUCUCCAGGUUUGAAGAAUUCCGACAAUGGUUUGGUGACUUUUUGAAAGAAUAUAAACCCGAAAAUCUAGACAAAAGCGCAGAAAAGUCAUUCCGUCGUAUGGUGACAUCGUCACAGAAGAUUGUGGGCACCGGAAAUUCGGAAGAAGGGAGCUACGAAAGUGAGCUAUUGUUAGAACUGCUUCGGGAUAGGUCAUCCAGUAGCAGCCUUCUGCGUACAUCGUUAUCGGAUCUCGUCCUCUCGCUUCUUUGCGUUGACUUUAAGAUGUCGCCUGAAUUACACAACGACAUACUUGGAGAAGAUGAUGCUGCCGUGACUCAUAAUGUUGCUGUUUGGGAAACCGUUCAGAAUCGUAUCACUGACAAAGGGUAUCGGCUUUGGGCUGCUCGAGUGCUUGGGCGUGCCUUUUCAGCAACAGGGCAAAUCAGUGAUGAAUUGCUUCGCGAACAAAAUACAGACCCAGCAUUGUCCCAACUACCGCACACAGAUGCAUCCCUCACGUCGAAGGUUACUAUUUUGAAUGUUCUUUGUGAAGUUCUUGCCGACACUAACAAUGCCCAUUUGGGGCUUGUUGAACGAACUUUGCAGCUGAUAAUAAGCAAGAUUUGCAAUUUCCCAGACCUUGAACAGUGCGAGAAUGCGAUCCCACCAUCACUGAUGAAGGCUCUCGUUUGGGCUCCGUAUCAGUGUCCUGAUAUACCUUCAUCUAUUCCUCAUAUCAACCACAACGUUGUAUGGCCAGCCUGGGAUCAUCGGUUGACUGCAACUCAAUGGGCAAAGGGCUUAGCGUUGUCCUUGGUAACAAUAGCCGAAGAAGACCCUGUCAUCGGUACUCUUGGAGAAGCCUUACACAGCGUUCCAGAUUUGGCCACGAGGCUACUCCAAUUCGUUCUCCACGACGUGCUAUUACUGGAAACUGAAAAUGGUCUUGUUUGUCGGGAGAAGGUCUCUGAUAUUUUCAAGCAGGUUCUGGAAGGUAUCGAAGAUGAGACUAUUCCUCAUGCACAAUUAGUCCUCAAUGUGAUUUUAUAUCUCCGCCAACAACCAAAACCGCAUGAAUCGACAAUUGUUGAGCGAGAUAACUGGCUUGAUGUGGAUUACGGUCUAGCGGCGUCUGCGGCUGUGAAAUGCAGGAUGUAUAAAACAGCAUUGAUGUUCAUCGAAAUACAGUCAUCACGCAUGGCUAGUACUGGACGGAGGUCUUCUGUCGUCAAGUAUGAACCACCCACGGAGCUGUUCCACCAUAUCUUCAGAAAAAUAGACGACCCGGACCUUUUUUACGGUGUACAACAGAAUGCUUCGUUGGAGUCUGUCAUGGAGAAACUGGAUUACGAGAGUGCAGGAUUUAAGAACUUGAUCUUCCAGAGCGCAGACUACGAUAGCGACCUGAGAUUGAAAGGCAGCGGCAGCACAUAUGGUGUUUUUAAAGCCCUCAAUGCGACAAACCUUCACGGCGUUGCGAGUGCACUACUUUCGGCUCCAACAGGCAGCGAAGGAAAGACAACAGACCCGGAUUAUCUACUGUCAACUGCGAUUAGUCUCCAGCAAUGGGACAUUCCUACUCCACCUUCCUCAAAUGCCUCAGCCACAAGUGUUCUCUUCAAAGCGUUCCAGAACUUGAAUACUGCUGGUGCCAUGCAGGAUGUCCUUCAGUUUAAUAGUAAUUGCUUUCUUGAGAUUCUUGAUCACUUCAGUGACACACAUCGCUCUGUAACAGCACUCCGUGAUUCUAUGCGAGCGCUCGGUCUUUUGACGGAAGUCGAUGAUGUUCUGCGGUCUACUACUCCCGCGCAAGUGGAAGCGUUUUGGGAGAGAAUAACGUCCCGAAAAUCGUGGUUUCAAUCAGAGAACUUCCAAGAUAUUGCCCACAUUCUCUUUUGCCGCGAAACUCUUUUCUCUUCAGUGAACAAGAGACCGUACCUGCGGACAGCAAUGAAUUUAACCUCACGAAACUCGCAAUUGUAUGAAGUCAAAGCGCUAAGAGAAUCCUUCAAGAUCAGCAGAGACUUUGAGGGUUCCCAAGAGUCUCUCAAGGCUGCCAUGUCUCUUUCGAAACAAGUAGAGCCCUCUGCCGCGCUUGGUCUCAAUAUUGAAGGCGCAGCAAAGUUUGACGUUGCCAAUGUUCUCUGGGACCAAGGGGAAAUGGCUACUUCUAUUCGUAUGCUUCAGCAGUUGAAUGAACAAGGCGACUUGCACAAACAGACAUUGGCUGUCAGUCGUGCCGAGGUUCUGGCUAGUUUGGGUCAUCACAUUGCAGAAGCUCGGCUGGAAAAUCCGGAUGCAAUUGUCCAGGAAUAUUUGGUCCCCGCUGUCAAGGAACUGCGAGGCAACACAGAAGGCGAAGAAGCUGGAGGCGUAUUUCACCGGUUUGCUCUGUUCUGUGAUCAGCAGCUCUUGAACCAAGAUAACCUAGAGGAUUUCACGCGUAUCGAACAGCUUCGUGACCGCAAGGAACAAGAGGUCCUUGCUCUUGAGAGAAUGAUGAACGCGGCCGAUGGCAAAGAGAGGAAUCAAUUGAAAAUGCACUACACCAAGGCCAAAGGCUGGUUCGAUUUGGACAAUCGCGAGUACCAAAGACUCCAACGCAGCCGCGAGGCUUUUCUGCAGCAGUGUCUUGAAAACUAUCUGCUAUCGCUCAUGGCGUGCGAUAGCUUUAGAAACGAUGCACUCCGGUUUUGUGCGUUGUGGUUGGAUAAAUCGACUGAUCUGAAAGCGAACGAGGCUGUUUCUAAAUACUUGAGCCAAGUCUCCAGUCGGAAAUUCGCACCGCUGAUGAAUCAGUUGUCUUCUCGCCUUCUAGACGAACCCAAUCUAUUCCAGAGCCUCCUCUCUGCACUGAUAUUCCGGAUAUGCGUUGACCACCCGUAUCAUGGUAUGUACCAAAUAUUUGCUCACAGCAAAACACGCGGGAACAGGGAUAAGGCGGCGCUAUCUCGUUUCCAAUCUGCGACCAAAGUAGUCGAAAAGCUGAAGAACGACAAGACUGUCGGUACAACGUGGAUGUCACUCCACAACAACAAUAUCUGCUAUGUGAAGUUUGCCACAGACAGACUAGACGACAAGAUCAAGAGCGGUGCCAAGGUGCCAUUGAGGAAACUUGCUACUGGUCUGAAGCUGGAACAGGACGUGACCAACCAGAGACUACCGCCGCCGAGCAUGAAGAUUGAGCUUCGAGCCGACCGCAAUUAUAACGACGUUCCUAAAGUCGUCAAGUUCCAGCCUGAAUUUUCUGUUGCUUCUGGCAUCAGUGCACCGAAGAUUGUGACUGUGCUGGCCACAAACGGCUUGCGCUACAAGCAACUGGUGAAAGGAGGCAACGACGACCUUCGCCAGGAUGCUAUUAUGGAACAGGUCUUUGAACAAGUCAGCAACGUCUUGCGAGACCAUCGGUCCACUCGUCGACGCAAUCUGGGUAUUCGCACAUACAAGGUGUUGGCACUCACUUCAAACACAGGCAUCAUCGAAUUCGUCCAGAACACAAUCCCACUCCACGAUUACUUGAUGCCGGCACAUCAAAGAUACUUCCCAAAGGACAUGAAGCCCAAUGCCUGCCGCAAGCAUAUCAGCGACGUACAAACUAGAUCCCUUGAACAUCGAGUCCGGACUUACCGACAAGUCACCGAGCAUUUCCAUCCGGUGAUGCGAUUCUUCUUCAUGGAGAAGUUUGACAAUCCAGACGACUGGUUCAGCCAACGACUCGCAUACACUCGCAGCACAGCCGCAAUCUCAAUCCUAGGCCACGUGCUAGGCCUCGGCGACCGACAUGGCCACAACAUCCUCCUCGACGAAAAAACCGGUGAAGUCGUACACAUCGAUCUCGGCGUGGCAUUUGAACAAGGACGCGUGCUACCCGUGCCCGAAGUUGUCCCUUUCCGGCUCACGCGCGAUCUGGUCGAUGGCAUGGGCAUCACCAAAACCGAAGGCGUCUUCCGGCGCUGCUGCGAAUUCACGCUCGAGACUUUACGCCAGGAAUCGUACAGUAUCAUGACCAUUCUCGACGUGCUGCGGUACGAUCCGUUGUACAUGUGGACCGUCUCCCCAUUGCGCAUACGGCGCAUGCAAGAUGACCAAGAAGCGGCCGCCGACGAUAAUCCAUUGUUGAAUAAUAGUGGAGGCGGUGCGUCUGGGAAGAGAAAUAACAACAGCAAUGAGCCCAGCGAGGCAGAUCGGGCGCUGACCGUCGUUGCGAAGAAGCUGAGCAAGACUCUUAGUGUCACGGCAACGGUGAAUGAGCUUAUACAGCAGGCUACGGAUGAACGGAAUCUGGCCGUUUUGUAUUGUGGUUGGGCUGCGUACGCUUGA